GCCGACCUACGCUGACCGGGAACGUGUCUCCCGGUGACGCAGCCCCGGAUAGGAACGUGCUGCGACGGCAGCGGCGACCCUACGCGCCUCCGUUGCCUGCGAGAGGACGGGCGCUGCAACGGGAGACGGCGGAACAAGACUUGGAGCGGCUGGCAGGCGGGCGUUGGGAAGCAGGACGCAGGCGCCGGCGAGGAAGUAGGUCUCGGGCGCCGCGCUCAACAAAGAGGGGCCACCCCUCUCAGGCGGAGCUGCAGGCUGAGCCUCCAUGUUGGGAAGCGGCGCUGUGUGUCCUCGUUAGCGGGAACCGGGUCGCUGCGGGCUGAGCCUGCAGUGGCCGGGCUCUGGGCGAAGAUGGAGGCCCCGCUGCGGCCUGCCGCGGACAUCCUAAGGCGGAACCCGCAGCAUGACUACGAGCUCGUCCAGAGAGUCGGCAGUGGCACCUACGGGGACGUCUAUAAGGCCAGAAAUAUACAUACGGGAGAGUUGGCUGCAGUAAAAAUUAUCAAAUUGGAGCCUGGAGAUGAUUUUUCUUUGAUUCAACAAGAAAUAUUUAUGGUUAAAGAAUGUAAACAUUGCAACAUUGUUGCCUACUUUGGAAGCUAUCUCAGUCGGGAAAAACUGUGGAUUUGUAUGGAAUACUGUGGUGGCGGAUCACUUCAAGAUAUUUACCAUGUUACUGGACCAUUAUCAGAAUUGCAAAUAGCCUAUGUAUGCAGAGAAACUUUGCAGGGUCUUGCCUAUUUGCAUACUAAAGGCAAAAUGCAUAGAGAUAUCAAAGGUGCAAAUAUUUUAUUGACAGAUCAUGGUGAUGUGAAAUUAGCUGACUUUGGUGUAGCUGCAAAAAUAACAGCUACCAUUGCAAAGAGAAAAUCUUUCAUUGGCACCCCUUAUUGGAUGGCCCCAGAAGUUGCAGCAGUAGAAAAGAAUGGUGGUUACAACCAACUCUGUGAUAUCUGGGCAGUAGGAAUAACAGCAAUUGAACUUGGAGAACUUCAGCCACCUAUGUUUGAUCUUCAUCCAAUGAGGGCCCUCUUCUUAAUGUCAAAAAGUAAUUUUCAGCCCCCGAAACUAAAGGACAAAACAAAAUGGUCAUCAACAUUCCAUAAUUUUGUCAAAAUAGCACUAACCAAAAACCCCAAAAAAAGACCAACUGCUGAAAGACUUCUGACUCAUACUUUUGUAGGACAGUCAGGUCUGUCUAGGGCCCUAGCAGUUGAACUUUUGGACAAAGUGAACAAUCCAGAUAACCAUGCACAUUACCCCGAAGGAGACGAUGAUGACUUUGAGCCUCAUGCGAUCAUUCGUCAUACCAUUAGAUCUACAAACAGGAAUGCCAGAGCUGAAAGGACAGCUUCAGAAAUAAAUUUUGACAAAUUACAGUUUGAACCACCUCUGAGGAAAGAAACAGAAGCACGGGAUGAAAUGGGAGUAUCCUCAGACCCAAACUUUGUACUACAGUGGAGUCCUUUUGUUGAUGGUGCAAAUACUGGAAAAUCAACCUCAAAACGAGCAAUUCCACCUCCCCUUCCUCCUAAGCCAAGGAUAAACAGUUACCCUGAAGAUAACCACCUAGAUGAAGAAAAAUCAUCAACUAUAAAACGUUGCCCUGAUUCAGAGAACAGACCUCCCCAAGUUCUCAGAAGACAGAGUAGCCCAAGUUGUGUUCCUGUAGCUGAGACUUCCUCUAUUGGAAAUGGUGAUGGUAUUUCAAAACUGAUUAGUGAAAAUACAGAAGGAUCAGCACAAGCACCACAGUUACCACGAAAAAAGGACAAGCGAGAUUUCCCUAAACCAGUUAUCAAUGGCCUCCCACCCACCCCUAAAGUGCUGAUGGGAGCAUGCUUUUCCAAAGUUUUUGAUGGCUGCCCUUUGAAAAUUAAUUGUGCAACAUCCUGGAUACAUCCUGACACAAAAGAUCAAUACAUUAUUUUUGGAACUGAAGAUGGUAUUUACACAUUGAAUCUCAAUGAGCUACAUGAGGCAACAAUGGAACAGUUAUUUCCCAGGAAAUGUACUUGGCUCUAUGUUAUCAAUAAUACUUUAAUGUCUUUAUCAGAAGGGAAAACCUUUCAACUCUACUCUCAUAAUCUUAUAGCUUUGUUUGAACAAGCCAAAAAACCAGGAUUAGCUGCUCAUAUUCAAACUCACAGGUUUCCAGACCGCAUACUACCAAGGAAGUUUGCUUUAACUACAAAGAUUCCUGAUACAAAAGGCUGCCACAAGUGUUGCAUAGUCAGAAACCCUUACACAGGACAUAAAUACCUCUGUGGAGCUUUACAGUCUGGAAUUGUUUUACUUCAGUGGUAUGAGCCAAUGCAGAAAUUCAUGUUGAUAAAGCACUUUGAUUUUCCUCUGCCAAGUCCUUUGAAUGUUUUUGAAAUGCUGGUAAUACCUGAACAGGAAUACCCUAUGGUCUGUGUAGCUAUUAGCAAGGGCACUGAAUCAAAUCAGGUAGUUCAGUUUGAGACAAUCAAUUUGAAUUCUGCAUCUUCGUGGUUUACAGAAAUCGGUGCCGGCAGCCAACAGUUAGAUUCCAUUCAUGUAACACAGUUGGAGAGAGAUACCGUUUUAGUGUGUUUAGACAAAUUUGUAAAAAUUGUAAAUCUACAAGGAAAACUAAAGUCAAGUAAGAAACUGGCCUCUGAACUAACUUUUGAUUUUCGCAUUGAGUCUGUAGUAUGCCUUCAGGACAGUGUGUUGGCCUUCUGGAAACAUGGAAUGCAGGGUAAAAGCUUCAAAUCAGAUGAGGUUACCCAGGAGAUUUCAGAUGAAACAAGAGUUUUCCGCUUAUUAGGAUCAGACAGGGUUGUCGUUUUGGAAAGCAGGCCAACAGAAAAUCCUACCGCACACAGCAAUCUUUACAUCUUGGCUGGACAUGAAAAUAGUUACUAAGCAACAGAAACUGAUCUCAGACAACAGGAAAAUGAAUAUAUUCCAUGGAAAGCAAAAAAAUCUUAAGGAAAUUCAGCACAACUACACCAUGAUUUGCUUUGACUCUUAUGGGAAACAUCUCAAAUGAUCUGUACUUCAAGGUAGAAUUCAAUGUUUUCUGUAGCUGGAAACAGCUGUUUUAUCUCUUGCCACUGUGUGGUGGUUAUAUCAAGUUUGCUUAAUAAAAGCUAUGAGAUAAAUAGUCCUAUAGUUCCAGGAAUCCCAGUCUUUUUUAAAAAAAUAAUGUUUGUAACAAGGGUGCCAUGAAAUUUUUAGAUAACUCAUGUGAUUAUCUUCAGAGAUAAAUUUAGUGGCAGUUUUCUCAUUUUAUACCAUGUUUUAUUUCUUCUUAAUGAACAUAAUUUGUAAAGAAAUUACCAAAUAAGCCUUUCACUUUUACAUUGGCCAUUCUGUAUCAUUUUGUAAAAUAGAAUAUUUAAUCCUUAUUUAUUAAUCUCUUGCUGGAGUGGUGUAAUGUAUCUAACUUUUAGCAAAGGAGGGUUGCAGAGCAGCUUAAAUGUUUUUAUAAUGUAUAAAAAUUUUGUUUACCUUUUAAGAGUAGUAAGAGGGGUUAAAGGCAGUGCGUUUGGAGGUUUGUUACAUACAUGCAAUUUUAACACAAAUAUUUUAUAAAACAAUAUUAUCCAUAAUUGCCUUAAAGGGAGUAUUGUGUUUUCAACUACAAAUGGCUUUAGCGGGUCAUACAGAAGAUACUGAUGAUGGUAGAAACAUGGUUAGAAGAGAUAUGUGUGUGUCUAGAUGUGACUACCAUGUGUAUGUGUUCUUGACAAGCAGUAUAAUAUACCUGUGAUUUUUUUUUACAUUAGGGAUAAUGCAUAAGAAAUUAAUCUCCAUAUAUAUUGUCAUCCCUAAUGUAGGGGGUGAAACUAUUUAACUGCCCAUGAUAUGUAAUUUGCAUAUAUUAUACCAGAGGGGAUACUGUAAAGCAACUACACAUGUAAUCUUGGGUUUUUCACAUAUGUAGGUAUUCAUUUUGAGUAGGUUUAAGAAAAAAAGUUUUUAAUGAAAUUGAAUUCCUGAUGGGAUAGUAUAAAAAAGUAUUGUAAAAACCAGUAUUCUAAAAAUAGGAAAUAAUAAGGCCGUUUUUGAGUUUGCUUCUCUUUUGCUAUUGUUAGUAUCCAAAAUUGAAGUGUCACAUUGGUACUUAUUGUCUUAGUGCAUUCAUUGAGGACAGUUAGCAUUGAGAUCAUGAAUAAGGGGUUGGCAAUAGCAACCUAUAGAUUUAUUUUGAGCAAAUUACUUGAGAGGAAAACAGUGUAACUCUCAUUUGGCCUUUAGCAAUUUUCAGAUGAGGAAAUAAGAGGUUAGCAAGGUUAAGAGACCCAAUUCACACAGCAAGUUAGUGGUUGAGCCAGACCAUGAGUCUUGUGACUCUGUUCUUUCCGCUAUGCAGUAUGCAAACAAUAAAAUGUUAUGCAAAUAAAGUAUUGUCCUUUAAAAGUGUA